CCCAAAGUUUAGAAAGAGUGGUUGAACCAUUAAACAUCUCCUUGUUUUCCAGACUUGUUCGAAAACUUGUUCUUCCAUUACUUGGGACGAAGUGCUUUUCAAACUGGAUAAUGAAUGCACAUUGGUAAUACAUGUUAGGGUUUAUGUGUUAAAGUUUUUAAGGAUAUGCUACUUAAUUUGUAUAAUGGACAAACAAUCUGGGACAGCCAAAAAAGAGGACUGCCUUUGUGGGACACAGGGUUUAUCGAUAUAUUUAUACUGGACAUAUAUCUAUAAUAAAGUCCUCCCUUUUGCUGAUCAAUAAAGAAUUUAUGGUCCAAGUCCUUUGAUGGCGGUAGAGGGUCAUGGACCCAGAAUUUGCCUGUCGGUAACAAAGGAAGUAACCCAAAAACUCAACCAAAAUAAUCUAACCAAGGAAAUUUUUUCUAUGAUGGAUAUGGAGGAUCCCAUAGAGCUUGCAAAAUAAUCAAGAUUGAUUUCUCACACCUCUAGAUAGAUGCCACAAGAACUAAACUUUGUCUUGACUGAAAUUCCUGAACAUAGUACCAGGCCUAAGUAAAUCUCUUAUGAGGCAAUAAGACUCGGAGUUUCACUUAAAAUAAACAAGAUAAUUAGAUAACGUAUCUGAGAUUCAAAUAGGAGAUCAUAUUGUGAAAUAUGAAUAAUAGAACUGCAAAAAGGGACAGAUUUGAAAAUAGGAAGAUGAAAGAGAAACAAAUUCAAUAUUGUACAAGAUGGAGAGGAAAAGAAAGAGAGAGAGGUCUGUAUGGAACUUAAGUAUGAUCUUAAUCCUGCGAAGUAAAUCUGAUCAGAGGAAAGAAGAAGAAAGAUAAAAAUUAAAUUGAUUAGCAGAGAGAGAGAGAGAGAGAGAGAGAGAGAAGUCGUUUGAGGUUGCAUGGCCUUGUUCAAUGGAGGUUUUGGGAUGCACCAAUAAGGAUGAGUGAUCUGAUUCAGAUUGAAAGAACUAAAAGAGCUAGGGGCAGACCUAAAAUAGGGUCCAUAAGCGACUCAAUAAGGUUGUUCUGACCCGAGUUCUGUAUCACUAAUGCAAAACUAUUCUGUUACAUUUCUUCCUUAAUGUGAUAUAAGUUGCUCUUGACCCACUAUGCUUUAGGUGGCACUGGUUCAUACUGUGUAAAACAUACCUUUUUAUUUAUAAAUUUAAUGCAUUUUAUUGUUCAAUUUUCUUUUUAUCAUUUGUAGGCUCCAUUAAUAGAUCUUGACUAAAGAUUAGCCAAUUAGAUUGUCUUAACAUCUCAAGAGGUUGAAUCUCUUUUGGUGGCUAAGCAUACACUGAUGAUAAUCUCUGUAAAAAAUGUUAUUAUAAAUUAUCAAAUUACUCUAUCAUGCCAAGGAAUAUGGUGGCAGGAUUAAUAGGAGAGAUGGAUCCAGGAUUUUCACUCUCUGGCUUUGCUUGUAGCUUGUGGAGACCAUCCACACACUGGCCACAGGAAAGAAAUUUCUGACUUUGCCAUUGACAUGCUUUUCAUCACCAUGCCAAACCUGCUUUUAUGGUCUCUCAAUUAACCAUCAUUAUUUCCAUAUUUGUGAGACUGCAAAUAAUCAAAGUAUAAUGUUGUAGAGAUUUAAGUGAAGCUCCAACUUUUCUUCUGUGUGGCUUUUUUGACUCUUGUGGUAUAGCUCUAUAAGGCCAUUUAGUAUAGUAGGCCUUUCUUUUAUUACUAAAAUACUGAGUUAGCAGUAUGAAAGAAAGGAUAUUCAUGAAUUAUGUUCAAAUAGUAUUAUACAGAAAUCAUGACACACUGUAUUAAACCAACACCUCGUCAGUUGCAGUUAACACCUGCUUGUAUCAAGAACAACGACAAGAAGAAGAAGAGGCAGCCGCCCUUCUUGGUGGGUCCAACUUCAAUUGCUAACCCCACAUUUUGGAUGUCUCUGGUUCAAAGGGUUAAGAGUUCCAUCCCAUUCCUGCAGAUGUUUCCAGUUUAGACAUAGAGAUCCUCUAUGCUGGUCUAGAGAAGCAGCUUUCCUUGAUGUUCCAUAUUUUCUUCUUUUGUCUUCUCUCAGGUUACCUCUUCUCCUGUCUCUUCUACACUAAGAGAACAGUGGUAGUGGCAAGACCUUUGCCUUUUCUUCCCCCAAAACUCUCAACAUACCAGGCUUCAGUCCGAUUUAAUAUUUUGGAUCUUGCAAUGAAGAAUGGUAAUGGAGGCAACCUGCAACAACUGUUUCAGAGGCUGGUAGGAGUGAUCUGUGAUGUCUUGCAAAGGCUGUUGUUUAUGGUGCUCUCAGUAGGUCCCAUCCCCAACCACAUUGCCUUCAUUAUGGAUGGGAACCGAAGGUAUGCCAAGUGCAGAAAACUUGGUCCAGGUGCUGGUCACACGGCUGGGUUUUCAUCUCUCAUCCGUGUUCUUGAAUGUUGUUAUAAGAUAGGGGUGAAGUAUGUAACUGUCUAUGCUUUCAGUAUAGACAACUUCAAGAGGGACCCUAGUGAAGUUCAGUCCAUUAUGGAUUUGAUGCUGGAAAAAAUUGAUGAGUUGCUUAAGGAAGAAAGCAUUGUGAAUAGUCAUGGGAUUAGAAUUAAUUUCUUUGGUAAUUUGAAGCUCUUGAGCGAGCCUGUAAGGAUGGCAGCUGAGAAAGCAAUGGCAGCAACUGCCAAGAACACUAAUGUAGUGUUCUCAGUUUGUGUUGCUUAUACUUCUACUAAUGAAAUUGUCCAUGCUGUUCAAGAAUCAUGCAAGGAGAAAUUGGCACAAGUUCAAGUAAAUUCAAAUGUCAAUGGUGGAAUAAGAGAUUCUUUCAGAGGAUACACUAGGCUUUCAGAGGAAGAAUUUUCCAUUACUCCGGGUGAUUUGGAGAGGCAUAUGUAUUUAGCAGAGUGCCCAGAUCCUGACCUCUUGAUUAGGACAUCUGGGGAGACUCGCCUGAGCAAUUUCCUUCUUUGGCAGACUACUUUCUGCUAUCUGUAUGUUCUAGAUGCUCUUUGGCCAGAGAUCUCACCAUGGUGGCUGGGAUGGGUGAUCUUGCAUUACCAAAGAGCAAAACCUUGCAUAGCUAAAAGGAAGGCGUUGUUAUAACUUCUGUUUCUUUGUGUAUGUGCACCUGUUGUACCAUUAAACUCCAAUAAUUAUUUAAUGCCAAUAUAUGAGUAACUGAAUGACACUUACUAUAUCCUUACAGUGAACAUCCACUUUUGAUGAGAAGAUAAUGCUUUACUUUUAUUUA